GAUGAAAGUUUGGAAGCAUUCUUCCGGCUCUGUACAGGGGACUAUCCGCGCCAGCUGACAGCGGAGCGCUCUGGCCGCAGUGUGGGAUCUGUCCGUCCCCUGCCCUGGAUGAGGGGCCGGGGGGGAAAACAGUACACCGAGCCCGGCGUGAGGAGAGUCCCAGGGUCCUGGGGAAGGGACAGAGAUGCGGUGGUUGGGUCUCACGUUGGUUCAGUGCCUGCUGAGUGCCUCCGUGGUCAUUGAGGGCAGUCUCUGCUGUACCUGGGCAGAGACUCUCCCUCCCCCGACAGAUUUGUCCGUGACUUUGAAGGGAAUCGGUUUCGUUAAUUCCACCUGGACCUGGAAACAGCCAAGUUAUUUAGAAAACUCCUCCAGCAUAAUCAUCAAGUUUGAGAGCAUGUUUAAGUAUGAUGGUGCUGAGUGGGACGAAAGACAAAGAAAGCCUUUUCUGACCCGUGAAGAUAAGGUGAUUCUUAACCGAGGAAUCACUUUCAGAGUGAAGGCAUUGGUGAUAACUGAAAGCUGUGCAUGUCAACAAAGCAACUGGACUGAGAAAUAUAUCCCUCCUCCAGAAGGAGAUGCCAACACUGCUGUCAGGAACUUCAGAUGUAUUUACUACAAUUUUGAAUAUAUAAAUUGCACUUGGGACAUUGGAAGUAAAAUACCAGCUGACACAGUCUAUCACUUAAAUUACUGGCAAAAGGGUAUGGAUGCCAUUCAGAACUGUACCCGUUACUUACCAAAAGAUGGCAGGUUGGACGCUGGUUGCCAUCUUCAACAUGAUCAGUUCAAUGAUGAACAGGACUUAAACAUUUGUGUCAUGGGACAAAGUGCUCACGCAACGAUAAAGCCGUUCUUCUACAAUCUAGAAACAGCUAGUUUCGUGCAACUGUCUCCUCCUUGGGGAAUCAAUAUUUCUAAGACGGACAAAAUGUUUCGUAUCAGCUGGAAUCCCGCAGCUCACUGGAACCAAAAAUGCGUGAUAUAUAGAAUACGAAAGAGCAACACGAUGAGAAGUGAUUGGAUUGUCUAUGAGUCCGUCAACCCAGAAAUGAUUAUUUCAGACGCAGACCCGAAUGUUCAGAAUGUAGUGCAGGUACAGGCCAUGUACACCAUCACUUGCGGAGACAACGGAAUCUGGAGUGAAUGGAGUGAAGAGGAAUUGUUCGGAGAAGACAUUGGGCCAGGUUGGAAUUGGAAAGUUGCUUUACUCAUCAUUGUUCCCAUCCUGGUGGCAGCCUCUGCAAUCACACUCCUUACCUACUUGAAACAGCUUCAGAUCUUGAUCUUGCCACCCAUCCCUGAUCCAGGAAAGCUUUUUAAAGGCAUGUUUAGUGACUCCAAUGGAGACGAUGUGGUGUGGAGUAAGCAACCAAAGGAAAGCCUGAUUUUCAAGGCAGAAGAAGAAAUAACCUGCAAGGUGACAAAUGUCGAGCAACUGAGAGUGACCUCUGCGGAGAAAGAAGCAAAACCGGGUGAGACCAAGACAUUGGAAGAGGAGGAAACAUCCAUUACAUUUGUGGAUGAGGCUAGUCUUCUGGAUAAUGACAGUGUACACCUUAACCUGGUGAUGUCUUGAAUGGAACGUUUUCCCAUGUUGUGUUGUUUAAUGGGUCAAGACCCAUAACAUUAUUCGUGCACAAAUAGAAAAUUCUCUUUCGCAACAAUGCAUAGACUGCUCAGGACAACGCCCUGUCAGUGGAUUCCAAGAAUGAAUGACCAAGCUGUCAGAUUUAGGGUAUUUUGCGUCAUAUCUGCAUCUACUUAACUGCUGUGACAUUCGAUAGAGACCACUACAGGUUCAGUCCACUUAGCUCGUGUUCAUGAAAUUGUGAUAUGUUUCUUUCCUCGUACUGUACAGGUGGUUCCCAGUCAGUGAACUGGUCAGCAGUGUACUGGUCAGCUUGUACAGUGCCUAGCAUUGAGCGCUGGCUUACUGUUUGAUAACUAUCUGUAUGUUGGGGAGAUGCCAAGCGCCGACCCAUCAAGCACGAACCACUGACUUUGUGUCAAGGCCUGUCAAUACCAGCCUUUUCGCAAGAGAGCAUUUCCAAACAUGCAACACCUUACCUGGUCAUUAACUAUCAAUCUCUGUUAUUUAUUAGAUUGAAAUCAAGGAACUGGUCACCAUGAACAUGCAGCAGACACAUGUGUGCACAGCAGACAAAAGCAUGCAGCAAACUCAUACUUCGACAAAUGUACACCAGGUACAUAAAAGCAUUCGCAUGCGUGUGUAUAUAUACACAUGCACACACUCAAACUAUCUCUCUUUUUCUCUCAAUCCCUCUUUUUCUCUCUCUCGCGCUCUCUGUCUCUCUGCCAGAUGCAUCCACAUGUAUUUGAACAUUGGAGGAUAAAUAUCAUUAAAGAUUUUCAAUCUUGACUGAUAGAGACUAACCAAUAUAAAUUGUGUUUCCUUUGGUGCAUAAACUGAAUUUUGAACCUCUGAACUUGUGGUGAGAGGCCCGAAAUGUUGUUUAUAAGAGUAUUUGGAUGAAAAGUUGCCAGAUUACAAACAGCUGCUUCACAGUAACCAUUUUCCAAACCGGAAUCUCACGGAUAGAGAAGUCCAGGCUUCUGUUAAUUCAACAAUGCAAAAGAAACAGUGCAGCAGACUGAAACAGAAUGCACAAAGUUCAAUCAUGAUGUGUCAUUGAUAACUUUCCUGUGAUUCACUGCAGUAUCCCAGUGAGCACUUUAUAAGCACUAAAAUUGGUGUACACUGGUUCAAUUGUAGAAUUUGCAAGCUUUGUUAAAAAAACAUCAGUUGUUUCUGAGUGGUGGAAUGGCAGAAGGAAUGAUGGACCAUACUUUCAGAGGGAGACAGUGAGGUCUGCAGAUGCUGGAGAUCAGAGUUGAGAGUGUGUUGCUGGAAAAGCACAGCAGGUCA